AUGGCAAGCUCUCAAAAGGAAAAUAUCCAAACCGCCAACGCCCUCAAACGGCGCAGCACGAAUCUCAACGCUUUUGAUAUCUCCGGAAAAAUCCUCUCGGGACUCUAUGUCUGGACAGAUUUGGCUCCUUCCGUCAAGGAGGACCCGACUUUGAUGUUUGCCAAGUGUCUUGUACACCCGGGAUCAACAAAGGAUGUCUUUAUAUGUAGUCAGGUUGAACCUCCUUCCGAUGAUUCAACUUUUGAGGUUCCAGCUGCAAAUGUUUGGAAUACCAACUGUCAGAUUGAUCCAAUGACAUAUGGUGACAUUGGUAUGCUUCCUCAGACGAGCAUUCCUUGUGUUUUGGACUAUCUUCGUCACAGGUACAUGAAGAACCAGAUAUACAGUACAGCUGAUCCACUCAUGGUUGCAAUUAAUCCAUACAAGGAUUUGGGCAAUGCUACAGAUGAGGUUAUUAGAAAGUAUAUUAACGCUCCGGAUUUGUUGAAGAUGCCUCCUCACGUUUUCUACACUGCAAGGAAGGCAUUGGAAAAUCUCUAUGAUUACAAAUUCUCUCAGACCAUCAUCGUGUCUGGCGAAUCUGGAACUGGUAAAACGCAGUCUACUACCCAAAUGUUGAGGUUUUUUGCAUCUACAAAAUCUGAUCCCUCUAGCAAGGGACUUGAUCUCAGGAUCCAAACAGCUGUUAUGGCUGCUAAUCCUGUUCUUGAGGCUUUUGGUAAUGCCAAGACCAUUAGGAAUAACAAUUCGUCCAGAUUUGGAAGGUUCAUGCAGCUUGAUGUCGCACCAAGUGGUGGUAUCCGUUACGGUUCUGUGGUUACAUUUUUGUUGGAAAAGUCUCGUAUUGUUACUCAGGAUGAGAAUGAGAGAUCAUAUCAUAUCUUUUACCAGUUUUUAAAGGGGGCAUCUCAAGACACCAAAAGAAGGUACAAGCUUUUGCCUCUCUCUGAGUACAAGUAUCUCAACCCAAAAUGUUACGAUGUUGCCACAAUUGACGACGUAAAGGACUACAACCUUGUCUGUGAAUCUCUCAAGAAUAUGGGACUUUCUGAGAGUGAAAUUGACACUGUAUGGUCUCUUUUGUCUGGUGUCCUGCUCAUGGGAAAUGUUGAAUUUGUUGCAGAGUCCAGAGAUGGUAUUGAUGAUGCUGCCAAGAUUUCCAACAUGUCAACCUUCAAGGAUGCAUGCGAUCUCCUCUUUAUAAACAGCGACGAUCUUGAGAGGGAAUUAACAUCAAAGGUUACCCAUGCCGGUGGAUCAGAGAUUGUCAGUCCCAGAAGGGUAGCUGAUGCUGAAGUACUUAAAUGCAGUCUUUCCAAGGGUGUAUACGAGAAGGUGUUUGUAUGGUUGGUAAGGAGCUUGAACGAGACAAUUGAGCCUCCAGAGUCUUUUGAUCGCUUUAUUGGCCUUUUGGAUAUUUUUGGAUUUGAGGUCUUCAAGAACAACUCCUUGGAACAGCUCUUUAUUAACAUUACAAAUGAAAUGUUGCAAACAAACUUUAUCAACAUUGUGUUCAAGAGAGAAGCGGCACUGUAUGCUGAGGAAGGCAUUGCAUCUCCAUCAUUGGAGUAUGAGUCCAAUGUGGCAAUUAUUGAUCUCUUGUGCUCCAAGAACCGUUCAGUGUUGAGCAUAUUGGAGGAUCAAUGUUUAGCUCCAGGUGGUGCUGAUUCAAAGAUUGUUUCUACGUGCAAUUCCAGUUUUUCAGAGCAUGCAAAGUACAAGCAGUGUAAGGUUGCUGGUGACUCCAACUUCACCAUUGUACACACUAUUGGACCAAUUCAAUAUUGCUCUUCUGGUUUCAUCCUGAAAAACAAGGAUGUGCUUACUGGAGAACUCAUUACAUUGGUGAAUGAAUCAUCCAAUCCAGUGGUUAGUACCCUCUUUGCAAAUGUACCCAUUGUUUCUGGAAAGCUUGCAAAGGGUAUGUUAAUUGGAUCUCAGUUUAUGUCCCAACUAGAUUCUCUCAUGACUUUGAUAAACAGCACAGAUUCUCACUUUAUCCGUUGCAUUACUCCAAAUGAGCAAAUGAAGCCCUUGACUUGGAAUUCUGUAAAGGUCCUCAUUCAGCUUCACGCUUUGUCUGUUAUUGAGGCUUUGCAGCUUCGCAAGUUGGGAUAUUCAUACCGCAGAGACUUUAAGGAUUUUGUUGAUCAGUAUAGAUUCCUGAGUCUUGCUGUUUCAAACGACAAGUCCCUGGACGAUAAGACAAAGGCACAAAAGUUGAUUGAGACAACUGGACUUGAGAGCAGUGCAUACAAGCUUGGAAAGACUAAAAUGUUCUUGACACAGAGGGCUGCAAAUGAUUUGACAAAUAUGCAAAGAGAGAAGCUCGCUGUUUGGGGACCACUUGUGGAUGCAUUGGAGGCAUUGAUGAAUAGAUGGAAAUCUGAGGAAGGACUAAAGGGCACAAUGAAGGAUAUUGUAAGACUGCAAGCACAUUUGAGGAAACUUGUAGUAGGAGCCAGGGUCACCCCCAAGGCUCAGGAGGUUUUUACAAGGGCAUGAAUGAAUGGCCCUAUUGUAUUUGGCAAAUGCAGAAUAUAUAGCGCUGAUUGGAUGUUUGUCCAAACAGGCUAUUGUUGGAAGAUGGUAAUGUAGUGAUUAAUUUUUUGUAC